UGCUGCAUCCUGUCUUCAAGUGCUUUAAAGAAGCAAUGAAGGACAAACUCAGACUUUUUCUGCUUCUGCUGAACCUCCAAACCACCCAGGUCUGCUCUGUCCCAUACCAGCCAGAACCAGACAGAAAAUGCAACAACACAACAACCGAGUAUCUGCAUGAAACCCUCAAACUGUGCUGUAAAAGGUGCCCCCCUGGGCAUCGUCUGGAUAAAGAGUGCAGUAAAACUGGAGAUACUGAGUGUAAGCCAUGCGAACCAGGGAGGUACAUAGAGACCUGGAACUUUGCACAAAACUGUUUCUCCUGCCCUAAAUGCAAAACAACAAAAGGUCUCCAGAUUGCCCAGGCGUGCACCACAACCACCAAGUCCAAGUGUAUUUGCCAGUCUGGAAAGUACUGUGAGAUCGGGUUUAACAGCCCGUACUGCUCAGACUGUAGGAGCUACACAAAGUGUAAACCUGGUUAUGGAGUGGUAAAUCCAGUCAUGCUAAACUCAGAUGUCAAGUGUGAACUCUGCCCAAAUGGGACAUUCUUCGAUAAACUCUCCUACAUGGAUCACUGUCGGCCUUCUUCAGCGACCGUGGUCACAACUGCAACUAUAAUAACAUCUCCGGCCGCAGGCAGCUCAUAUUUAACAAGAACCUCCUCUCAGUCCGAGGGGUUUAUCGGCUCAACGGUGGAUUCCAAUCUUUCACACAAAAGCCGUAACAGUGACCAGGUUGCGGUCAUUGCUCGUGUCAUUGGACUGCUGGGGUUUCUGAUCGUGGUCAUCCUCCUGCUGUGUCUUUGCAAACAAAUCUGGAGAAAGGAUUCUGCAAGCUUACAUCCUAAAGUAGAUGCAAAUGGAAACUGUGAGACUACAGAUGAAGUUGAUCAGAACUACACGGUGGAGUCCAAGAUGACUUCAUUCACACUUACGUCCCCAGAACAGGAGUGUUUGCUCGAGAAAGGGAGAGAAGGCAGCAACCUCAGUCAACAGAGUAACAAAUCUGAAACUUUAGCCGAAGCAGACGAUGACACCAGCCAUGACUGCAUUGGCUCUUUGCAACCAACUUUGGCUAUUACUGGUCUGCCUUCUGCCCUGUCAGAGCCCAUGACCCUACUGUCCAACACAGAACCUGCCAGUCCCCAGACCAGUAUGCCAACACAGCCCACCAGCCCGCAGAUCGUCAGCCCUGUGACUAACAGUCCCCAUGUGAACGUUAACAUCACUUUGCACAUAGGAAAUGGGUCUUGUAGAAACCCCUCACUUAAAUCAACAGACUUGAGUCAAGCAGAAUGUAAGCUGCCCUUUGGACAAGAAGAGGAGUCCUUCAGCACCCCACAACAAGAGGCGGGCGACCUAUUGAAGGCAUCAUUUCCAGAGAGUGUCUAUUGCAACUCAUGA